AUGGCGCUGGUGCUGCUUGUGCGGUUGACUGGUGUGACGGCGCAAAACAUGGGCUGUGGAUACAACCCGGCCUCCAAAGAUGGAGUUUCCUUCAAAAUUAUCGGUGGAGUAACAGCUAUCAAGGGAGAAUUCCCAUGGCAGACAGCUUAUGCCAAGUCUAACACCAUAUUCAACUCAUACCAGAACAAUUUAUAUCGGGGCAAGUCAUACCAGUCCGAACGCAUUCCAGUACAACUCAAACUGGGGAACAUCAUACUAGGACAGAUGUUACGGGAUAUGUCCAUACGACAAAAGAAGGCCGGAGGACUGGGCACCAAGCACUUUUGCGGUGGAGCACUUCUCAACGACCGCUGGGUUGUCACAGCAGCGCACUGCAUCGUAGACCAGAAGGGGACACGACUCGUGGCUUCCCAGUUAUACGUGAGGGCCGGAGAACACGACGAGCACGUUGCUGAAGGCACAGAGAUUCAAGUGCGUGUGACGCAUGUGUACGUGCACCCACAGUACACCCACCUUCACCGAGAUGUCGCCCUCCUUCGCUUGGCCAAGAGGCUGAAACUGUCCCGCUUCGUGCAGCCAGUUUGUCUUCCAGAUGCGAACGUCAAACUGCAUGUGGGUCUCAACUGUACCGUAUCUGGAUGGGGUAACACAAGAACCCAAGGUACAACGUCGUACAUAUUGAAUAAGCUUCCUGUACCUCUGCGUCCUCUACAAGACUGCGAACGGGUGUACGGGCCAAUCUUCAACACGCCCAUUCACCAGUGGCACCUCUGCGGUGGAAGACCCGAAGGAAACAAAGGCGUCUGCUACGGUGAUUCUGGCGGUCCUUACCAGUGCGAGAUGGAGAAUGGGCGCUGGUACGUCAUGGGCCUCGCAUCAUUCGGCUCCGGCUGUGCUAAGGGCAACUACCCGGAUGUCUACACUCGUGUGCCGUACUUCGUCGACUGGAUCCGAUCCACCAUACAGAACCACAGAUCUACAAAUAGCCGCCGCAGGUCGCCCAUCUUACAGGACACCAUACCCACUAUGCAGCCGCCGCUCCAGCCAAUAUGGCAGCCCGGGAAUUGGAUUUCGUUCCUACCUUUCUUCCCUAGUAGACACCAAUCCCUGGUUAUCGUUUCUCCUGCUGUCAAGCGGAAAUAGCUCAAACCGUAAUGACGAAUUCAACGUGCACAAAAUUUAGUUGUCUGAUUUAUAACACAAAAUUCGCUAUAAAACCGCUAUGACCUACAGUGGUGGGGUCCUGGAUCUUGAUGCGCAAUAUUCACGUAAGGUAGGAUGCCAGCAUCUACUAGGUUACAAGGUCUCAGCGUUGAAAACCACUCGGCAAGGAAACGGGGGGGAAGGAAAUCAGCUUCUCGUGUACCAACGAUGGCUACUGCGCAGGGCAAGGCAUCAUACAGUCUCUUAUACCAUGUUUCACCAACGCGUUCUACGACGAGGAAUAUCUCCUUUCCCUUCUUUGUUACGUAGGCACGUACAGCAGUGCUGCCUUCUGCUAUAGGCAGGCGCCGCAGACGUUUUGAAGCACAGUGGCGCCCUGCCACGUACUGGUUCAUGCCAGAGCUGCGACAUACUGGUUCAUAGACACAUCGUGCAUAUGUCCUGGGCUUAUGUAAUUGCAAACGUCAACAUUGCAAACGCCCAUAAAAGUGGCGAACCCCAUGAAGAUGGCUAAGCUGUUUGUGAACAAUGCGAGUGACGUUUGUGUGCAAAAUUUUGUAAAGUAUUGAGGCCUCAGUAAUAGUUUUAUUCAAUAUUCUUGCAGCAAAACAGAUAAAUCCGCAAGUAUUGCCUCGUACCACUGACCUCAACCAAUGAUGUGAAAGCGACACCAUUGCUAAGACUCCGGUGCAUUUCAGCCAGACUUCGGAAGGAUUCGGCGAGUUACAUUUCGAAUAAUUUGCAUGAACGAAAUAUGCUCAUCUAGUCGUUUUGCGCUGGAAGCGAACUGUCGGCAAGCGCCAAAACUGAUUAUAAACAAUUCAUUGUUGACUGUCGCAGGUAACAUCCACGGACCAAACGAAUGUGACGAAAUUUGCUGACGAGGUGAUGUCCAGUUGUUCGAUUUGUCCUUGUCCUUGCUCUGAAAGACAAGGACGAAUGAUAGCCAACAGGUCUUUAUUGCCGCCUUGAUGAACAACAUCACGUGAAC